GUUGGAGUGAAGUAAAUGUCUGUCCUGCUGUAAUCUGGAGAAGGAGACAUGACCUCCAACAUGAUUGUGUCUGGAAAACAGGACUUAAAGAAAGAUGAGAGAAUGAUGGAGGGAAAGAGAUCAGACUCACCAGAACCCAGUUGUGUGUCCAUGAAGAGUGACGCGUCAAUGGGACAUCCAAUUGACUUCAAAGACAGAGACAGUUCUACUGAUGUGAGACCACAAAAAUCAAACAUCAGCACAAAUUAUCUGGACUCUAUAUUCAAGGAGCUGGAACACAAAAUCAUCACUCUGAUAAAGAAUGAGCUGAAGAGGUUUAGGAAGCUCCUGAGUCCAGAUUACCCAGCAUGCACUGAGAGGGAGGUUGAGGAUGAGGAGGAUCUGCACAGUGUCAGAGAGGGAGCGCUGAAGAUCACACUGCAUGUCCUGAAGAACAUGAACCACACAGAUCUCGCUAACACACUGCACAAUAAACUCAACUCUGUGUAUCAGCCAAAGUUGAAGUCCAAUCUGAGAGAGAAGUUUAAAAGAAUUCAUGAAGGAAUCUCACAGCAUGGAAGCUCAGCACUUCUGAAUGAGAUCUACACUGAGCUCUACAUCACAGAGGGUUGGAGUGGAGACAUCAAUAAUGAACAUGAGGUGAGACAGAUUGAGGCAGCGUCCAGGAGACCAGCAACACAGGAGAAACCCAUCAAAUGUAAUGAGAUCUUUAAAGACAAGUCCAUCAGAACUGUGCUGACUAAAGGAGUUGCUGGAAUUGGAAAAACAGUCUCUGUGCAGAAGUUCAUCCUGGACUGGCCUGAAGGAGAAGUAAAUCAGGACAUCUUCUUCAUGUUUCCACUUCCCUUUAGAGAGCUGAAUCUGAUGAAGCAGCAAAAUCUCAGUCUGAUGAAUCUUCUUCAUCACUUUUUCCCAGAAAUAAGAAAACUAGAAUCAAUAGACUGUGACUCCUACAAAGUGGUGUUGAUCUUUGAUGGUCUGGAUGAGUGUCGACUUCCUCUAAAUUUCCAGAAGAAUGAGAUAUUGUGUGAUGUGACAGAGUCAGCCUCAGUGGAUGUGCUGCUGACGAACCUCAUUAAGGGGAAUCUGCUUCCUUCUGCUCUCCUCUGGAUAACCACAAGACCAGGAGCAGCCAAUCAGAUCCCUCCUGAGUGUGUAGACCAGGUAACAGAGGUACGAGGCUUCAGUGAUCCUCAGAAAGUGGAGUACUUCAGGAAGAGGAUCAGUGAUCAGAGCCUGGCUAAUAAAAUCAUCACUCACCUGAAGUCUUCAAGAAGCGUCUACAUCAUGUGCCACAUCCCAGUCUUCUGCUGGAUCUCAGCCACUGUUCUAGAGAGAAUGUUGGGUGAAGCAGAGAGUGGAGAGAUCCCCAAGACUCUGACUCAAAUGUUCACACACUUCCUGAUCUUUCAGAUUAAACAUAAGGACCAAAAGUACCAUCAGAAAUGUGAACCUGAUCCUCAGCAGACCAGAGAGAGUAUGAUGGCACUGGGAAAAUUGGCUUUCCACCAGCUGGAGAAAGGAAACCUGAUCUUCUAUGAGGAAGACCUGAGAGAGUGUGGCAUUGAUGUCAGAGAAGUGUCAGUGUACUCAGGAGUGUGUACCCAGAUCUUCAGAGAGGAGUUUGGGCUUCACCUGGGGAAGGUGUUCAGCUUCGUACAUCUGAGUGUUCAGGAGUUUCUGGCUGCUUUAUAUGUAUUUUUCUGCUUUAUUUUAAGAAAUACAAAUGUGCUUGUGGGGCAAAUCACUGGACUUUCUAAUUUCCUCAGAAAUACAAACAUGUCUGAUCUCCUCAGGACUGCAGUGGACAAGGCCUUACAGAGUAAGAAUGGACACCUGGACCUGUUCCUCCGCUUCCUUCUGGGUCUCUCACUGGAGACCAAUCAGACUCUUUUACGAGACUUAAUGCCACAGACAGGAAGCAGAUCUCACAGCAAACAGGAAACAGUGAAGUACAUCAAGGAGAAGAUCAGGAAGAAUCCAUCUCCAGAGAAAUCCAUCAAUCUGUUCCACUGUCUGAAUGAACUGAAUGAUCAUUCUCUAGUGCAGGAAGUACAAACUUUCCUGAACAGAGGAGGUGACAGUCGUCUCAGUGAAAUCAGACUCUCUCCUGCUCAGUGGUCAGCUCUGGUGUUUGUGUUACUGACCUCAGAACAAAAUCUGGAUGUGUUUGAAUUGAGGAAAUAUGAUCCAUCAGAUGAAUGUCUUCUGAGGCUGCUGCCAGUGGUCAAAGCCUCCAGAAAAGCUGAUCUGUUUCAGUGUAAUCUGACAGAGGAAAGCUGUAGAGUUCUGUCCUCAGUUCUCAGCUCAAACUCCUCCAGUCUGAGAGAACUGGACCUGAGUCACAAUGAACUGCAGGAUUCAGGAGUGAAGCUGCUCUCUGAUGGACUGAAGAAUCCGCACUGUACACUGGAGAUACUGAGGCUGUGUAACUGUAAUCUGACAGAAGAAAGCUGUAGAGUUCUGUCCUCAGUUCUCAGCUCAAACUCCUCCAGUCUGAGAGAACUGAACCUGAGUAACAAUAAACUGCAGGAUUCAGGAGUGAAGCUGCUCUCUGAUGGACUGAAGAAUCCACACUGUACACUGGAGAUACUGAGGUACACACACACACACACACACACACACACACACACACACACACACUGUGUUUAAGCUGCUUUGUAAAUGUAUUUAGUGAAGGUGACUGAUGGAUAAACACUGAGAGUGAGAUCCACAUCCUGGGAGCAGCGACACUAAAAGCAGUUUGACUGAAGCUUCUUAUU